AUGCCGCCCCCGCCGCCGUCGCUGCUGCUGCCGCUGCUGCUGCUCCUCGCCGCGCUGGCCGCCGCCGCCCGGCCCGGGUGCCCGCUCGCCCGGGGUACCGCCGGUGACUGUCACGGGCCAUGGGCUGCAGACAGUGCCACGUGCGUGGACAUGCCGCUCAGGACCUGCAGCGACGUGGCCUACAACCAGACGGCCUUCCCCACGCUGCUGGAGCACCGGUCCCGGGAGGCGGUGGAGGCCAGCUCCGAGUACAUCCUGCUGAGUGUCCUGCACCACCUCCUAGAGGGCCAGUGCAACCCGGACCUGCGGCUGCUGGGCUGUGCUGUGCUGGCCCCCCGCUGCGAGGGUGGCCGGGUGCGCAGGCCCUGCCGGCACGUGUGUGAGGGGCUGCGGGAGGCCUGCCAGCCGGCCUUCGACGCCAUCGACAUGGCCUGGCCCUACUUCCUGGACUGCAGCCGCUACUUUGCAAGCGUGGAGGAGGGCUGCUACGACCCCCUGGAGAAGCUGCGAGAAGGCCUGGACACGGAGGAGGCACCGCCCUCGGGCCUCCCGCCGACCUUCAUCCACUUCACACACCACUCCUACGCACAGAUGGUACGCGUGCUGCGGCGGACGGCGGCCCGCUGCGCCCACAUCGCCAAGACCUACAGCAUUGGCCGGAGCUUCAACGGCAAGGAGCUGCUGGUCAUCGAGUUCUCGGCCCGGCCCGGCCAGCAUGAGCUGAUGGAGCCCGAGGUGAAGCUCAUCGGCAACAUCCAUGGAAAUGAGGUGGCGGGGCGGGAGAUGCUCAUCUACCUGGCCCAGUACCUGUGCACCGAAUACCUGUUGGGCAGUGCCCGCAUCCAGCGCCUGCUCAACACCACGCGCAUUCACCUGCUACCCUCCAUGAACCCCGACGGGUACGAGGUGGCAGCUGCUGAGGGAGCUGGCUACAAUGGGUGGACAAGCGGGAGGCAGAACGCGCAGAACUUGGAUCUGAACCGCAACUUCCCUGACCUGACGUCCGAGUACUACCGGCUGGCUGAGUCCCGCAGCGUGCGCAGUGACCACAUCCCCAUCCCGCAGCACUACUGGUGGGGUAAGGUGGCGCCCGAGACCAAAGCAAUAAUGAAAUGGAUGCGGACCACCCCGUUUGUGCUCUCAGCCAGCCUCCACGGGGGCGACCUUGUGGUGUCCUACCCCUUUGACUUCUCCAAGCACCCCCAGGAAGAAAAGAUGUUUUCUCCUACACCCGAUGAGAAGAUGUUCAAGUUGCUGGCCAGGGCCUAUGCUGAUAUGCACCCCAUGAUGAUGGACAGGUCAGAGAACAGGUGUGGUGGCAACUUCCUGAAGAGAGGCAGCAUCAUCAAUGGGGCAGACUGGUACAGCUUCACUGGAGGCAUGUCCGACUUCAACUACCUGCACAGCAACUGCUUCGAGAUCACGGUGGAGCUGGGCUGCAUAAAGUUCCCCCCGGAGGAGGCCCUCUACACGCUCUGGCAGCACAACAAGGAGCCGCUCCUGAACUUCGUGGAGACAGUGCACCGUGGCAUCAAAGGCGUGGUGAUGGACAAAUUCGGCAAGCCGGUCAACAAUGCCCGGAUUGUGGUCAAGGGCAUCCGCCAUGACAUCACCACAGCCCCAGAUGGUGACUACUGGAGACUGUUGCCUCCGGGGUCCCACAUCGUCAUAGCUCAGGCUCCCGGCUACUCCAAGGUCAUCAAGAAGGUCACCAUCCCUGCCCGGAUGAAGAGGGCCGGCCGUGUGGACUUCAUUCUCCAGCCUCUGGGCACCGGACCUAAGCAGCUCCUCCUCGGGCCACGGAGAAGUGGGUCUGGGCUCCGAGACCCUCCAGGAGGUGCCAGCCGGUAUGGGGAGCCCGAGGAGCCUGGCCAGGAGCCCCUCGGGGGGCGGAGGCAGCCCUCCGUGGGCGGGAGCAAGCCAUGGUGGUGGUCUUACUUUACGUCCCUGAGCGAGCACAAGCCUCGCUGGCUUCUCAAAUACUAG